AUGCCCAAGGCCUCGCCGUCGAAGGCGCCACUACCGAAGAAGCCGAGGGAGCCGAAGAAGGUGAAGGACGUCGCCUUGAACACGAUGCGCGUCGCCAACUACAAGGCGAAGAUGGCCGUCUACGAGGAGGAGAUGGCGGCGUACAAGGUCGGCCAGCGGCGGCGCGAGGCGGACAAGGUUGCGGUCAAGCGGAGGCUCUCGGCAAGCGACGCCGAUCCGGCGGCACCGGCGGCGAAGCGCCCGACGCCGGCGCCGACGCGAGGCACGUGCGACGUCUGCUUCGGGCGGCUCGCCGCUGGCGACGACAUCGACGUUUGCUUCCGCUGCGAGCCUGAGACGGGAUCAGCGGCAGGGGGGCGGUGGCGCUGCCGAGACUGCCGAGCGGCGGCCGCGGCAUUGGCGGCCUCGGUGGCGGGCGAGCUGCCAACGGCCAGUGCCUCAAAGCGGCAGCGCGCACUGGCCGCGAGCGAAGCUCGGGAGGCGGAGGAGGCAGCGAUGAGCAGGGUUCGUGACGAGCGCUUCUCGAGGCUACCUCAGGACGGAGUGGUCCUGUUGGACGAGCGCUUCACGGAGGCGGGGCUACCGCUGGGUGGCUACGGCGGGGUGAAGCAGAGGCUGUUCGGCGGGCCGCACGCCGAGGUGGAGUACUUCUUGGCCGUGGUUUUGGCGACGAGGGCCGCUGAGUACCGGAGCGAGCUGGGCGGGAGGAGCAUCCGCAUCGGCACGAUAACAAACAGCCGCUGGUGCAGCAUCACUGGUACCAGACUGGAUGGCAGCCCAGGAAGAGCUCCACGGGCGGCAAUAAAGGUCAGCUAUCCGAACAGCUGGUUCCUUGCGCGGGAGUCUGACGACGAGAUGGUUGCGCGCGACCCUUGCUGGCGGCGGAACAACUACGGGUACAGCGACCCUCGCUGCGAGUAUGCCCUGGCGGUCGUCGAGGCGUUGAGGGAGGUGGACUGGCGGGAAGAGCAGCCGCUUCUUCGGGACUUCAGGCAUCUGGAGGACUACGAGUCGGCGUACCGAGCGGCAUACAGGAGUCAGCGGGCGGCAGCCGAGGAGAGGGAGGCGCAGGCGAGGUACAAGGUGUUGCGCCUCCCUUGGGAGGUGAAGAAGCCGUUGCUGGUCGCGCUGGAGGCAGCCCAGGCGGAGGCGGCGCCGGAGUUGAGGGAGGAGAGCAGGGUGCUGAGGGCUCGCCGCCCAACGCGACGCCAGCUGGCGGCGGCGGUGGCGGGAGGCUGGAGCAAGUACAAGGACAGUCUUCCUUUCUGGUCGCCAAACCCCACCCGCCGGGCGCAGCAGGAAGCAUGGUUCGAGGAGGUUGCCAUGCUCGCGGAGCAGGCCGGUGUGGACGGCAUGCUGUACCCGUGGUUAGGGGAGUGGUGCGAUGACGACGCUUCCGACUACGAUGAGGAGUACCUCCCGUGCCAUCGUGAGGAUGUGCUGUUCGAUCUCGACUCCAACGGUCGGAGGCCGACAGCUGCGGAGCUCGCGCCUCUGGCGUGGCCGCACAGCUGCUGGUGGCACGACCGGGACCGAAUCGUCCUACUGUACAUGCACAUGCUCGACAACCCGCCUGAUGGCAGCUUCCUUUGGGAGGCUCGCGUGUGCGAGCAGGUGCACGCUCUCUGGGCGGAGGCGGAGGCGAUGCGUGAAGAGGGCAUGAGGAUGGCUUUCGUAGACGGUGCACUUCCCGGCGGCGAAGACAUUCCUGGCGCGGCUUUCGUGGUGGGCCGUGCCGUGACGGCACCGCGACGUCUCAUGACGCAUCAGUGCUUUGAGGAUGAGGCGGCGCCUGGCUGGCGCAUGCUAUCCUCACUACCCUCGUGUCCCAACCCGCACAUGCGGUUCCCGAUCGAAUCGGGGAGCGAAGAGGCGAGGCGUAUGACGCGGAUGAUUCGGAUUCGGAUAGCGAAGAACGUCGAGAAGAGAUCCCAGUAG